AUGAAGGAGCAGUCGGCAUUCGGAGAUGACAUUGGCGAAUCCGCAAGCCAGGUUGGCGGCGACGGCGGGCAAGGUGACCAGGCAGACGUGUACAUCAAGAAGCUGAACCUCGAGGUUGCGAUACUGAAGGGGAAGGAUGGGGUUGCGUUUCACCAUGCGGGCCUUCGCGUCAAGUCUUGGACCGCGACACACGACAAGAAGGAGAUGGGUGAGAAGCUCAGUAAGCAUAUGAAGGACUACGCGCUUGCAGCAUCACUCAAGCCGAAUCCAGUGGAACGCCUUACACCCGACCAGCUACAGAAAGCAUACGACAGGGUGAAAACCAGCAUGACGAUCCCCAGCGCCGUCCAGCUGGACAUCUGGGAGCAGGACGCGCUGUCCAGGGGCUCCAAAGUCACAUUCCCAGUGGACGUUCCGCAUUUUUUGUCGCACUGCUGGCCGUGGCCAAUUCGUUGCAACGUCGCCAAAGACUUGGUCCACCCCGACCACGUUGAGUUUGAGCCUCUUGAGCCGCGCCUCAUGCUCGUCAGCGGGGAGUUUUCCACCAAGAUCGAGAAGUUCAGGCUGCACUUCAUCAGGAACGUUUUGGGUGAGUUCAUGACCAAGGGCAGCAACGGCAGGGAGUUCGUACAGAGCACGUGCAAGCACCUGCACGAGUGGGCUGACUCGACCAUGGAGCAAUGCGAGGACCUGGGCGACACGUCUGCCUAUCUCUGCGAGAUCACGACAGUUGCAAACGGGAUCGACACCCUCUUCGACAUGGAGAAGCUCCUCGACGGUGACGCUGGCGAGAAUGCGAUGAACGACCUCAGGGAGCUCAGCGACACGGAACACAACUCCAGCGUGAUCAAGUCGGUGGCCCUCGUAAUCGCAAACGCCGACUACUACCGCGAUAUGCUCACCAACGCCUUGACCAACGCUGCGAAGAUCAACGAUGCUCGGCCCAAGUACGUGGACAUCAACAGCGAGCUUACCACGACCAUGCAGCUUGGCCCUCACGAGCUUGCAUCAGGCCUUGAGGGGACCCUCAAGAUGCUCCCCACCGUCAUCUUCGCAGUUCCAGGCCAUUGCGUCAAGCGGCUGAACGAGAAGACGAUGACCGUUAUAUGCCAGGUUAUCGGUAUAGCCAAGGCCGAGUGUCAGAACGAAGGUGGCCAGGACGUACUUCAGAAAGCGCUGUCAGUAUUGAAGCUUGCUGCCACGUGCUUCCCUAUGGAAACAUCGAUCCCGAAGUGGAAGACAGAGCUCGUCGAGCUGAUCAGCAAGCUGCAGAGCUCGACUACUUCUAAGGCUAUUGCCGAGGGGUUCGGCGGAAUCGAGAACGGCAACGACGCCAUCGCCAAGCUCGAUAAGAUGGAGACGCUCUUGGGAGGUAUUUCAUUGGCGUGUCUGGAUGAGGAGAAGAAGCAGGAGAUAGUGAACUCAUUGAGGUUCCUGUGUGAGGGUGCCCUGUCCUCCUACCCAGCUCAAGAUGUUGAUCGCAUCGGUCGCCUGAUCGAUGAUGUGGUGCAGAGCCUGGGCAUCGACUACGAGACUGUGGAGCAGAAGAUCGCCCACGCUUUGGUAGCUGGGCGCUCUCUUCAUCAGCUAGUGCAGAACGUCAACGCGUUGAUCGACCCCCCUGCAGGGCAGGCACAGCAAGAUGUCGACCCUGCUUCAACGGCCACGCUGCAGUUCCUAGUCCAGCAGCUCACGAGCCUCUCCACGGAGAUCCAGGAUGUGAGGAACGUAGGGGACUUCUUGGCCGCCUUGGAGGCGACUCGCACCGACGCAGUCGAGUGCUUGCGAAGCGUGGGGGGGGCCAAGCUGGAGGAGGCGAACCGUUCUGCCCAGGACAUCAUCGAGAAGCUUCGCCCCUUACAGGGCGGCCUUGAAGGUGCCGAUCACUGGCUUGAAGGCUUGGUGGACAACAAGAGGACCAAGUGGCCCGACUUCUACGAGUACGCCCAGAAGACGAUCAUGCAGGACAAAGGGACAGCUGGUCUCAAGAAAGAGCUCGACGCUGCCAACGCGGUUCUGGGUCGCAUUGCGGAGCUCGAGAAGGCGUUCUGCUUGGACGCCGACGGCGCGGUCAAGCAGGGCCUCCACGAGGUGGUGGUGAAGUGCACCGAGGUGUUUUACACAGGUUUGUUUCUGCAUGCCUUCAAGAAGCCCAAGGAUAAAGUUGCCUUGCGGGCUACGAUUUCGAAGCACAAGGAUGCUUUCAAACAGAUCGAGGGGGUCUCGCUAGGAAACCUUCCCAAAGUUUUGACGGACAGGUGCGAGCAAGCUAUGAAGUUCCAGAUUUCAGUUUGA